AUGCAGUUCUCCUCCAUUGUCACUGUGGCCAUUGCUGCCCUCCUGACCGCUCCCUCUCUGGCCUGCAAAUGCUACGUGAACGGCAACCGUGACGACGGCCGUACCCAUUCCUGCUGUGACCAGCUCCGCGGCAUUUUCCGUUUUGGCAACGAUUGCCAGGCGGGAUCCAUCUCUGAGCACCUCUCCAACUUUCGCAGAUGCUGCGGCGGGUCAUCCGACUGCGACUAUCCCGGUCUUGCUCUGGAGGAGACCGAGGUGGACUAUAUCAAGACCAUUGUUGCUCUUCCUACCGCCGUGGCGUCUAACUAG